UGUAGAGAAUGCCAAUGAGUUUCCUUCUUUCUUUUCAUCUUUUUUUUUCCAGCUCAUCCCUUCUACUUUACUGAUUUAUGGAUAAUUAGGCUAUUCCUGUAAUAGGCCUAAAUACAUUCGUUCGAAUGCUGUUAGUGUAAAAAUGUAAAAUGCUUGAAAAUAUAGCCUAUACAACAUUGUUUUAUAAUGAAACAAAUGGUAAAAUGCUGGCUUGAGAAACUUAAUCUUUAAAUCUUAAAAGAUUUUUGAGAAGUUGGAAGAGACAGGUUAAUGCAUUUAUCUUGUAAAUUGUAAAGCUAUUUUUGUUCGAUGUUCGAUAUUUUUAGCUAUCUUAUUUAUACGUUUCAUAGUAAAACAAUUGAAAAGAACACCAUAUGUAAAGAAACAAAAGCUGAACUAUCAAUUCAAUCCAUUCAAACUUGUUUGGUGAGUGACGCCAGUCAGAAAUAGUUUCGCAGAUGAACUUGUUAGACGUGUGACUUUUUCAGUGUUGAAAAGGAAGUAUUAUCUCCCCCUUUUACAGUCAGUUUCAGAAGGUACACAAGGAAUGAAAAUGAUUUUAUUCUUGAAAACAAGGACUACAUGAGGGAUAAUGAUCAAUCAUGAGGGACAGAUUGGAUCAUCUUCAGACCAUUUCAGAGUCUAAAACCCAGCUAGAGGAGGUGAAAUCAGACUCCUUCAGCAAUGUGGACCUGGAGGAGGAUUUCAGCCAACAGGCAAUCAUUUUUGACAACAGUGAUGAGAUGGACACUGUGCUCGAUGAGGCUCAAGACACUAGACGUGAGAUUCAGCUCAUCCGCCUGGAGGUGAAGCGUCUCAGGGACCAAAACACACGCAUACUUAGCGAACCGACUCGUACAACUCACGUAAAGCAUGAUGCCAAUGUCAUCGUAGGAAACAUCAAGACCCGUGGACAGGACGUUCUGGCACGUCUACAAAAAAUGGACGCCCACGCCAAAGAGCUUGAAGAGGAGAAUGGCAUCAACUCAGCUGUGGCGAGAAUCGCCCGAACACAGUACGCCACCCUAAGCAACAGCUUCCGAGAUGCAAUGACAGAGUACAAUGAUGCUGAGAUGGAUCACAAAGAAUCGUGCAAGCGUCAUAUUCAAAGGCAAAUGGAGAUUGUGGGCCGAGAGGUGACAGGUGACCAGAUUGAGGAGAUGCUGGAGAAUGGUCAGUGGAACAUCUUCAACGAUAACGUCAUGUCAGAAGGGAAGACGGCUCGUUCAGCGCUCAACCAGAUUGAGAGCCGACAUCGCGACCUGCUGGAUUUAGAAAGCCGACUCCAGAGCCUUCAUGAAGUGUUCAUGGAUGUGGCUAUGCUUGUAGAGGAACAAGGACCCAUGACAGACUACAUCUUAAACAAUGUUCAGAAAACAGAUGCUAUGCUUGGUGAAGUCCUUAUCAAACUGGGACAGGCCAAGAGACAUGACAGUAACAACCCAUUCAAGAAAAUGUUCUGUGGAUGCUUUCCAUGCGCUAAAACUUGAGUGAUUUUGAACAGUGAGGACUUGUGCAAUGGAGGGCUGACUUUUGUUUUUCAGUUUAUCAUUUUAAAAAUGGGUAGCCAGAUAUAUGUAGGGAAAAGGACCAUAGUUUUCCAAAACUAAGCUCUCUGAGCGAUCAUUAAACCUGAUGCUACUGAAGUGAACAAUAACAUAUGACAGCAAAUUAAACAGCUAAAACAAACCAAAGAAAGACAGUCUUCUCAACUUCACAACAUACAGUCCUUGCUAUUUGCCUUCAUAAAAAAAUGCCUUUUCAUUUGCAGUUUGAAACUUGUAAACAUAUAUGUAAAUGCUAGAAAUUGUGUAAUAUUGCAACAUAUGCAUAGGCUAUAAUUUAUUAACAUAAUUUACAUUAUUAUAUCUUUCAUCAUUCUAAUGCGGCUGAACUGAAUACGCACUUUCUAGACCUUUUUACAUUAAAUAAUCCGGAAUAUGAAGCAUUUGCCAUGUUUUGCCAUGUUUUCAGUGCAAGUUGAUCACUGUUUUUUCAGCCAAUUAGUUUUUCUGAAGCAAUAUCAGCUAAAUAAAAGAUCUUAUAUAAUUCUUA